AUGGACAAGAAAUGGGACCACGAGAUAUAUGAAGGUGCUGUUGUCAUCCCCACACCAACAGAGUUGAAAAAAGAUUUUACCCCCGAGUUUAAACAUAAAUUUCCGGCGUCAUACGCCCCACCACAAAACAUUCAUUUGUUUUUAUACCCGGAGUUACCAGACACCAAUUUUCUUCCAUCCUAUUUUAUAGUCACUUUUACGACACCACAAGGAACACUUUUUGGGCACACUCUUCGCACUGAAAAGUACUCGAUUUGUCUUAUUAGUUUUUAUUGUUGGGAGGUCUUCUUUAGAAAAUUGGUGAUGCGAGCGGACACAUGUCUUCAACAGGGCGACGACCAAUUUUUACAAUUUCUCCAGGAGAUCAAAAACGCGCAAUUUCCUUUCCUUCAACCAAAUACAAUUUUUAAUUUGCAAGUCUCUGUUAUUAUCGAAAAGUUACUCUCCUCGCAAAUUUUGUUGUUAUUUAACUCACUAAUUUGUGAGAGAAGAAUCAUCGUGGUGGGAUCGAACUACGAAACAGUCACGACCUUUGUACUUUCUAUCAUGCAAUUACUCGAACCACUCACAUGGCCACACCCCAUUGUCACACUCCUUCCAAAGUGCUUUUCAGAACUCGUAGACUUACCCACACCAUACAUUUGCGGAAUGUCAAAUGCACAAUUCACCGCGUUACAACCGUUUUCUAACAAAGUUGUAGUUGUCGACGUGGACCAAGGCACCACGCGGUCAAACCACCCCGACAUGAUUAAGAUGGACUCUGAACUCCUGCCAGUGUUUGCUACAAAUUUUCUUAAAGAAAGUUUGAAGGCUAUACAACGAGAAAAUCCAUCACAAAUACCAGUGUUGGUCCAACAAACUUUUUUACAGUUUGUUUUAAAGCUUUUGCAGGCACCAGAGACAUUUAUCACUAUUCGGAAGAAGAGAAAUAUGCUCAUCGCCGAGAUGGAUAUGGAGAAGUAUAAGAAGACGUAUGUGUACAAAAGUGGUUCAAGGAAAUUCAUCGACUUUUUUGUUAAGACUGGAGCUUUCGACCAGUAUCUCCUGCGCCUCCAGACAGAUUUACUAAAGAAAAGUGGGAAGGUCAUCGAGAAGCCCGAACCAAACUUUUGGGACGCACUUUUCCAAUUCAAUUUUCCAACAGAAGAUCUCACCAAAAAGCGGGGUGAGCAGUAUAAAAUGCAGUAA